GACGUGUUAGCGGCUCAGACGGAGCCGUAAGCUUACAAUUGGAGCCUACAUUCAGUUGGCUAAGAUCGCGCCAGUCGUUUGGACGCAACGACCAAGCAGAGGCACCACCACUAACCUGACCCAUAAACAUAAACAGAGGGCUUCAGAGCGGAGCCACUCUUCCUAAUCGAUCGAGCAAACGAAAGUGGAAAUGUGCGAAAUCGCCACCUGACCACCCGAGUGAGAAUCGUGUUGGCCAAAAGUCUCAGUUGGAUCUGUGUUCCCAUCAUUGUCUCCAGUCUCUAGGCCACCAGCGUUAUCUGCAGUAAAGAUAUCAAAUAUUCGAAACACAUUCGCAUACAGCCAGCGAUGUCGGAGGCUGUCACACCCAUUGGAGGAACAGGGACAACAGCACUGCCAGCCGGCUUCGAUCCGACCGCAGAGGCGGUGGAGAAGACGCUCUGCUUUCGUGGAUUCUGGGCGUGGUUCGUGCUCCUGUUGCUGAUCGGGAUCUGUGCACUGUUCGUGAUGUGGCUGCUGCGCAAGUGCAUCCAGGGCCCCGCCUACCGCAAGGCGAACCGCAUCGACGGCAAGGUGGUGAUCGUCACCGGCUGCAACACGGGCAUCGGCAAGGAGACGGUACUGGAGCUGGCCCGAAGGGGGGCCAAGGUGUAUAUGGCCUGCCGUGACCCGGGACGCUGUGAGGCGGCCCGCAUCGAGAUCAUGGACCGCACCCAGAACCAGCAGCUAUUUAAUCGCAGCCUGGACCUCGGCUCCCUGGAGUCCGUACGCAACUUUGUGGCCCGCUUCAAGGCGGAGGAGUCGCGCCUGGAUCUGCUGAUCAAUAAUGCCGGCAUCAUGGCCUGUCCCCGCUCCCUCACCGCCGACGGCUACGAACAGCAGCUGGGCGUCAACCAUUUGGGCCACUUUCUGCUCACCAACCUGCUGCUCGACCGGCUCAAGCAGGCCACGCCCAGCCGGAUCGUGGUAGUCAGCUCGGCGGCUCACCUCUUUGGGCGCAUCCAUCGCGAGGACCUCAUGAGCGAGCGCAAGUACAGCAAGUUCUUUGGAGCCUACAGCCAGUCGAAGCUGGCCAAUAUCCUCUUCACCCGCAAGCUGUCGGCCCUGCUUAAAGACACCGGGGUGACGGUCAACUGCUGCCACCCGGGCGUCGUUCGCACCGAACUGAACCGACACUUUGCAGGCCCUGCCUGGAUGAAGAGCGCCCUGCAGGUCGUCUCGCUGUACUUCUUCAAGACCCCCAAGGCUGGGGCACAGACCACGCUGCGCCUUGCCCUGGACCCGUCCCUGGAGAGGUCCACCGGCGGCUACUAUUCGGACAGCAUGCGCUUUCCCCUGGUUCCCUGGGCCCGCAGUACGGACACCGCCGACUGGCUCUGGCGGGAGAGCGAGAAGCUGGUGGGUCUGCCCCCCAUAGAGCCGCCACCGGCACAGAAUGGCAAUGGGAGCACUAACGGGAGUGCCAACGGUAAUGGCAGCCCAGGUACAGCAGCCGCUGAAACAGUGGACACCGUUGUGGUCAAUCGCUCGUAGUCGUAGUCAUAGUCGUCGUCGUCGUCGUAGUCAUAAGGAAGAGGUUCAAUCAAUACUGUACCAAGACGGGGGUUCGAUUGGAAGACCUUGCAGUUAACUUAUUUUAUAGUUUUGAAUACCCUUCAAGAGAGUAUUACGCGUAUCGUGCGAUCACAUGUCCGUCGUUCGGUCUCUAUGAGAAGUGAUUUUUCAGCUAUAAAGUUUAAAUUUUACACACAAAACCAAUCAUUUCUAAGAACGAUCUAGGAACGAUCGAUCUUCAAGGGUAUCAAAAGCUUCGGCCCACCGAAGCUGGCCUUCUUUUGUUAUUUUUUUUUUUUUGUUUAUUUCUUGUGCAUAACACCAGGCAGAAAACCCAAAUUAAAAUAAACGGUAAACUUAACAUGCAA